AUGGAGGCGCCACGAGGGCCAAGAGCUAACCGCUCCAAGAAGACUCUCCCGGCGGCUUUCUUCCCGUCCAAGGGCCGCCAUGUGUCGCCUCACACCGGCUCAGGUCGUGGGCUCGGAGAGAAGGCCGCAGGAUUGUCUCCACGAACUCAUGGGGACCAGAGGCAACCACUGGGAGGUGACUCUCCGCCGGCACAAGGUCGCGACCUGAGCUGUGAGGACCUGACGCAGGCCGUCGAGGCCUCGGCUCCAAUCCGACACGACGCGCUGGUCUUCCUGUCGUCGUGCCCGCAACGCCACGGCCACUUUGCCAUCAAGAAGAUGCUCCACCCACCGACGCUUGAGCUGUUCUGCCUCAUCGAGAUCCCGGGCGCGGAACACCAGCGGAAUGUUUUGAGGGCCUCCCUGCAGGAGUGGCUUUCUCGCUGGUGUGAGCUGCAGGUCAGCCACCCCGGGCUCCUGGUGGAACUCCGAGAGGCGUUCUGGGACGCCCCUCUGGGAUACCCCAUGGCCAUCCUCUGCGAGUACAUGCCACUGGGGUCACUGGAUGAUCUAAUCCAGGCCUGUGGAGGGCUUCCAGAGUUGGCCCUGCGUGAGAUCGCGCAGAUGGUGCUAGAGGCUCUGGACUUGCUGCAUUCCAUGGUGCCCCCGGUGGUCCACGGCUGCCUCAAGCCGUCACAGGUUCUCUUCACCGCUUCGGGGAGCCCACGUCUGACCUUCGGCUUGGAGCAGCGCAUCAAGCACUCGCAGGGAUUAGUUGUUGAUGAUGAUGAUGAUGGUGAUGAUGAUGACGGUGACGAUGAUGAUGGUGGUGGUGAUGAUGAUGAUCAUGAUGCCGGAGGGAGGAAUGCAGUCAAGACGAGGCGAACUUCCAAAGUUGUUUGGUUGGUUGGGUCGAGUUCGGGUUUGCCCACCCCGGAAUUGGAGGAGUCGUGCGUGGCUUGGAGGUGGGGCUGA